AUGAAAGCCAAACCAAGCAAAACCUUAUUCUUUGUGAGCCUUCAAGGUUUGCUUUUAAAAACUCCCGUCCCCUGCUUACGGAGACAGAGCGAGAGAGAGAGAGAGAGAUGGAGACUAUUGCAGAAGGUGAGGUAAACCAAAUCAUGUCAAAAUCGAAGGAGCAAUCCACAUCCACACCGGAGCCGGUGAGCUCGGCGUUGGAAGACGUGCUAUCGGAUAUGAGCUUGUCGUACUUACGGAGACUACAACGAGCCACAACCAUUGAACUUAAUACUCUCUUCAAGCUUGCAGCUCCUGCAAUUGUAGUUUACUUGCUCAACAAUGUCACUUCCAUGGCCACCCAAAUCUUUUGUGGCCAUCUUGGUAAUCUUGAGCUUGCUGCUGCUUCUCUUGGCAACAAUGGCAUCCAAAUCUUUGCCUAUGGUGUCAUGCUUGGAAUGGGAAGUGCAGUGGAGACACUAUGUGGCCAAGCCUAUGGAGCUCACAAGUAUGGAAUGCUAGGCAUAUAUUUACAAAGAUCAACAAUCCUCCUCAUGGCAACAGGCAUUCCACUCACAUUCAUCUACAUAUUCUCUAAGCCCCUCCUCCUCUUGCUCGGCGAAUCGUCUGAAAUAGCGUCUGCAGCUGCCAUAUUCGUAUACGGUCUCAUCCCACAAAUCUUCGCAUACGCCGCCAACUUCCCCAUUCAAAAAUUCUUACAAGCGCAGAGCAUUGUAGCCCCGAGUGCCAUAAUCUCCGCGGUCACACUAGUAUUUCACUUGAUUGUGACGUGGCUCGUGGUGUACAAGUUGGGUUGGGGAUUGUUGGGUGCUUCACUGGUGUUGAGUUUGUCAUGGUGGAUUGUGGUGGUGGCUCAAUUUGUGUAUAUAUUGAUGAGUAGUAGGUGCAAGGAGACAUGGAGUGGGUUCAGUUUGCUGGCAUUUUCUGGGCUGUGGAAUUUCUUGAAACUGUCUGCUGCUUCUGGGGUUAUGCUGUGUUUGGAGACUUGGUAUUAUCAGAUUCUUGUUUUGAUUGCUGGGUUACUUGAAGAUGCUGAGAUUGCCUUGGACUCUCUUUCUAUUUGCAUGACCAUAUCUGGAUGGGUGUACAUGAUUGCUGUGGGGUUCAAUGCGGCUGCCAGUGUGAGGGUGAGCAACGAACUUGGGGCAGGACAUCCAAAAUCAGCCUCUUUCGCAGUUAUAAUUGUAACCUUAAGCUCAUUUGUCAUCGCUGUAAUAUUGGCUGUGGUAGUGCUCAUAUUGCGCCAUGUCAUCAGUUAUGCCUUCACUAGCGGCACCACCGUCGAAGAAGCAGUCUCCGAACUUGCACCCUUCUUGGCAGUUGCCAUCGUACUCAAUGGUGUUCAACCUGUUUUGUCUGGGGUUGCUGUUGGGUGUGGAUGGCAAGCAUUUGUUGCGUACGUAAACGUUGGAUGUUAUUACGUGGUUGGUAUUCCACUAGGUGCACUACUCGGCUUCAAAUUCAAUCUUGGUGCUAAGGGAAUAUGGUCAGGGAUGAUAAUGGGCACCAUGAUUCAAACUAUUAUUUUAAUAUGGGUAACUUUUCGGACCAAUUGGGAUAAAGAGGUGGAGAAAUCAAGGGAUCGAUUGGAUAAAUGGGCAGACAACAAGGAUGAGGAGCCUCUUUUGUCAAGCUCAUGAGUUGCAGGCCACACAGCAUGGCCCAAUUGCCCCCUUAAAAAUAACUUCUAUGAGGCCAUAUGACAGCAGUAUUGGAAUAUGUAUCGGUAUGAGCAAUAUAUGUCAUAUAUUGGACAGUAAUAAAUGAAAUAUUAAUAAAUAAUGAUAUCGAAAAUUUAAAAUCUCAAUAUAUAAUGAAUAAUAUAUACGAUAUUUAAACCUA